GGAAUAUACAAAAAGAAUAGUCAAGAGUAGUGAAGAGUAAUUUUAUACUUGGAAUGUCAUCUGUGCCAAGACAGAAGUCAUCAAAUCUAGACAAAAUGUUAGGAAAGGGUAAACCAGAGAUAAAUGUUGCAACUUUUGCCCUACUUUUUUCUGAAAUUGUCCAGUACUGCCAAAACAGAGUUUAUACAGUGCCAGAGCUUCAAACCAAGCUUGCAGAGAUGGGACAGCAUGUUGGAUCUCAUUUGUUGGAUGUGUUGUUUUUGAGAGAAAAAGGAUACAAGAGAGAAGUCAAGCUGUUAACAAUGCUGCUAUUUAUUAAAUCCAACAUGUGGAAGACAUUGUUUGGAAAAGAAGCUGAUAAUUUGGAACAUGCCAAUGAUGAUGAAAGAGUUUAUUAUAUUAUAGAAAAAGAAUCCCUAGUCAACAGAUACAUUUCAGUUCCAAAGGAUAAAGGUAGCCUCAACCCAGCAGCUUUUACAGCUGGAAUUUUAGAGGCAAUUUUAAAUGGAGCAAAUUUUCCAGCCAAGGUGACUGUUCAUUGGCACAAAGGUACAGCUUUUCAGAUACGGUUUGAUGAGUCCGUAAUUGCAAGAGACAAAUUGAUAGAUAACAAGUAGUACUUUCUCAUCAUUGUUAUUGACUUGUCCAGCUGAUAUUUCAUUGGCUUCAGUGGUUUGGAGGAACAUCUUGCAGAAAAGUGACAAUUUGGCAGGCAACACAAAUGAUUAGUUUUGUUUUCUAAUAAAAUGGUCAUUAACCAUCA